CUGCUUUGCGGCACUCACACUAAGAUGGCGGUGCCCUGCCUACAGAUCCCACACUAAGAUGGUGGUCCCAUUCGUACGGAAGUACACAGGAAAGCUACCUCAACGUACAGAACCCACACCAAGAUGGCGGCGCCCAGCUGCUGCAGGAAGAUGGCGGCCUCUGGACUGGAGAACGGGGAGGACGCAUUUAGGAUGAUUUUCCGCUUCUACAAAAAGAGAAACCCCCCGGCUGACCUGAGCUCUGUGAUAGAUUUUUCGAGGGGGGAUUCCAGGGUGAGGCCUGUAGAGUUGAGCGUUGGGGCACUUACUGAUCAGGAUGCCCUCAGAGCCGGGUUACAGUCUCUGGACCGAUGGAAGGCCUAUGGGCUGGAGGGCUACCCAGGGUUUCUCUUCAUAUCCAACCCGUUUCUGCCCGGCUGGCAGCACCGCUGGGUGAGGCAGUGUUUGAAGAGUUACCCCCGGAAGCCCAACGUGUGUAACCUCGACCUGCACAUGAGCCCGGAGCACACCGUGGACUUAUGGGAGAGCAGCAAGGAGCAGCUGAGGAGAAAAGCCCCCAACAGGCGAAGCCAGAAGAGUGUGCUGGAGAAGCUGCGCUGGGUGACCCUGGGCUAUCACUACAACUGGGACACCAAGAAGUACUCCGGCGAGCAUCAAUCCGCCUUCCCCGGCGACCUGGCCGAGCUCUCCCGCUGCGUGUCCCGGGCCUGCGGCUUCCCUGCCUUUACACCCCAGGCUGGGAUUCUCAACUACUAUCACAUGGACUCCUCUCUGGGCAUCCACGUGGACGAGUCCGAGCCGGACAGGCGCAGCCCGCUGCUGUCUUUCAGUUUCGGACAGUCUUGUAUCUUCUUGCUGGGCGGUCCGAGCAGAGAGCUGCAGCCUACAGCGAUGCUGAUGCACAGCGGAGAUAUCAUGGUUAUGUCGGGCCCCAGCCGGUUGCUGUACCAUGCUGUGCCGAGGAUUCUGUCGUUCCCAGGAGGGGGCUUGUUGCCCCCCUGCCUCUCUGAGCCCCCAGCCGGUGACCCGUCCGACCCGUGUCUUGUUGAGCCGUGUUCCGCUCAGGAAUGGGAAGUUUGUGCGCAGUAUCUCAGAGACUCUCGCGUUAAUAUGACGGUCAGACAGGUCCUGGAGGAGGGGGGCAGCUUUUCAGUCGCGCAGGACCCGGCGGCUCCUAUGAGUCGGGUAUCCAAAGAGGACGAGUACCACCUGGAGGACACGGAGGCUGCUGGGGAGGAAGAAGUGGGGCCGAACCUGCUUGUUAAACGCAAGAAAAGCUUUUAACCCCCUGGGGGGGGAUGUCUGCUUUUAGUUUUAAAUUAAACAUA